AUGAGGUUCCUUUGCCUUGCGGGUGCCUUCGGGAGCGUUGAGAAAUUUAAAGUGCAGCUUGCUCCGAUUGUGAACCAGUUGGAGAAAGAUGGAACGGCAACUUUCCAUUUUGUCCAUGGGCUCCAUGAGGCAGUGCCGCCUCCUGGAUACGAGGACUUUUUCGGAGGCCCACCUUUUUUCCGCUUCCUCGAAGAAAGUAAAGAUCCCGAGGGAGUUGAUGGGCUGGAGCGAAUCCGCGACUUUCCAGUAGGGGCCUCGCCUGAAGAUACGCUGCGCCUCUUCAAUCCGCUAGGCAGUUCGGACGGGCUGGCAGUGACGGCGGCACAGGCGUUGAAAUAUCUUCAAGGUAUCAUAAAAGAGCAUGGGCCGUUUGAUGCCAUCAUAGGGUAUUCAGAAGGAGCGCUGGUUGCGGGCACACUGAUCAUGAAAGAGCAAGAAUUCAGGGAGGCGGGAGAUUAUAACAACACGUUCAAGCUCGCCAUGUUCUUUGGUGGCUGGCCGCCAUUGAAACCAGAUCUUAGGGGAAUGAUGCUCGCCGAUGAAACGGACCUACAGAUUCCGGUGGCCACCUGUCACGUCAUUGGUUCAUUAGACCCUUAUCUAGACGGUUCUUUGGCGCUCUUCAACGUCUGCGACCCUGAGACCGCAAUCCUCUUUGAUCAUGCUAAAGGGCAUACCCUACCCCGGGACAAGGAGACGGUAAAAGAGCUUUGCGACGUUAUUCGUUCCAUGAUUGCGGAUAUACGUGAACGGGAAUCUUUGGCAUCCAGAUAA